GGCAGGCUGUGACCGCUAGCCUCGAAAGUGCGGAGGUAGUGCGCACCCAUGAACCCGAUUCGACAGCGGCUGAGCGUCUCGAAGACCUUUUUCAACCAGGAUCGCCCUUUCCUUCGAGCCGUCGAGCGUCGACUAGCGCGUCUCCAGCCCACCGGGCCGGCGGCAGCCGCAACGCUUGACUCGGAUCUGGGGUCGGGUGAACCAGCAAGUCAUGGGCGUGAUUUUCGUCCUGGCUGGGAUGAAUGUCGGUGGCUACUGCAAGAAAUCAAACGGCGGCGCGGAAAUGAUCAGAUUCAUGAGCGCCUCCGGAGGGGUAAGGCUACACCCCUAGAUCGCAGCGAACGACGCAGCCUUCUCUCCAUGAUGCUCCGCAUCACGAGGGCCAACGAGCCAAUCGCAUACGUCCUACAGAAUAUGCCAUUCGGAUCCUUAGACCUGGCCGUCCGUCCUCCUACGCUCAUCCCGCGACCCGAGACGGAAGAUUGGGCAUGUGCUCUUUCCAAGCAGCUCAUCGCUGCGCUUGGACGUUCAAGUGUCGCUCGCGAAGAACCCUUUCGCAUCCUCGAUCUCUGCUGUGGCAGCGGGUGUAUUGGUCUCUUGCUGCUACACGACUUGCACAUCGCAGGCAUCAAGAAUGUCGCAGUGACCCUAGCAGACCUCAAAGAAAGUGCACUCGACCUAACGAUGGAAAAUGCGCAGCGCAUUGCGGCAGCUGCUGGGACCCCAGACCUAGCGCAGACAGUCACUGUGACGCAAAUCGACCUCUUCUCUGAUGGGAAUAUUCGAGACUUGCUCGGUGGUGCUCCAGGAAACCAACAGCAGAGCCAGCUGGACGGCGCGCGCUUUGACCUUCUUGUGUGCAAUCCACCAUACAUUCCUCCAAACGACUGGCCUGGACUUGAUUCUUCCGUGAAAGAGUGGGAGGACCCAGACGCACUGAUCGGCGUGCCACGGCAUGCCCGGCUUGAGGAUUCAAAUACUGCUGGCAGCGACGGCGAGCAGGGUCUCGUCUUCUACCGACGCCUCGCUGAACUGGCACCGCGUCUUUUGCGUCCUGGCUUCCAUGUGGUUGAAUCUACAAGCGUAGUCGACAGCAGAGAUUCGGAUACGAAAUCUGCAGUUUUGCCUCAAAUCGUCCUUGAAGUCGGCCAGGGACAGGCAUCCGCCGUGCAGGAAAUGUUGGCAGGGAUGAACAGCGCAAUUUGGAAGGACGCUUGGGGAGUCGACAGGGUCGUCGCUGCCUCUUUUCGCCAGUAAUCACUGUUCUCCUCCACGCUGUACUUUCGCUGCGGGAUGUAUCUAUUACACCAAAUA